UCGGAAAAUUUUCCUUUCCAUUUUCCCACGAAAACUCAAACUCAAACUCAAAACCCCUUUUACUUCUUCUCUCCUCUCCUUCCUUCCCACCUUCUCACAAAGUUCAAACAACAACCCUUUUCUCUGAUUCCUCCUUCUUCCUCUGAUUCCAUUGAUUCUGAUCCAUACCCACUUUUCCUCUUUGCUGUUUUCAUCAACCAUAACCAAAACCUGCAAAAUUUUCGACAUGGGGUUUUCGAAGAAGGCGCAAGCAGAGACUGGUUUGGAAUCUGAAGCCAAGAAAUGGGUAAUUGCUGGAAUUUCAGUUCGGUCUCUGAAGCCGAUAAACACCAAGCAGAGGGGGAAAGAGAAUGACUGCGUUGAAGAGGAGGAGGAGGAGGCAGGGCGUUCGACGACGCCGACGGCGAAGGAGGCUAGGAUACCGGAGAAGCUGCGGUGCCCUCCAGCGCCGAGGAAGAGACGACCUUCGAGGUGCAACAAUUUCAGUGGUGUGAGGGAGUUCUUCACUCCUCCAGAUUUGGAAACUGUGUUCAAGUGCCAUGUAUGAGUGGCUUUUGUGUGUGAGGAGCUUAUUCAACUAACAGAAAUUGCAGUGGUUACUUAAUCAUGGGGUUUUCUUCUGUACUCAGUGUUUGGCUCUCAAGUUCUAAUACAAGAACCUGUGUAUAGAGGGAAAUUUGAUACUAUUUAGAAGUUAGUUAGAAAGUAGUAGUAGCACUUGAAGUUGUCUUUGUUUUGUUUUUAGUUUAGGGUAGUCUUUGUUUUGAACUUUUGAUUUUACUUGUUUACUAUGAUUAGAGGCUAUGUAGUAUGUAGUGUUUUUUUUGUAAUUUUUUUUCCGAUUAAUGAGAAGUUUUAGGUAUUUUUGGUUUUAGUACUA